CUCUGAUAACCACCACCCAUUGUGGCAAUGAACAUUCACAGUCGUCUCAAGAGGAAGGAAGAGAAGUCUAGGAACGUCGCCAAAUCAACUCGCCGGAGUUCCGCCGCAGAAGUAAAAAAGGUAUGUCAUUUACAAAAGGUGACUUGCUUACAAAAACAAGAAAGCUAGUAAAUGGUUUGGCCAAAGUGAAGCCUGUUUGGCUCAAGGCUAUGGAAAAGUCUCCCCCUGCAGUGUUUCCACGUGCUGAAAAGAAAGUGGAACGGAUCUGCCUCCCCGAGGAUGUUUAUGUGAAUAAGUUCUAUAAGAAGCAUCCUGAAUCAUUGCAUGAAGAUCCCAUCAAGAUCCGUGAUUUUGACCCGACCCCAUCUCGUAUAUUUGGUUGUCGGGUGCUUGAGUUAAAGGAGGAAGGUGUAACUGAAGAGGAUGCUAUAGAUGUAGCUGAUACGGAGUAUAAGCUACAAAAGAAGGCGAAAAAGAAGGCGUAUAAACGAUUGAAAGAAAUUGCAAAAAUUAGAGGGACAAAAUUGCCCCCGAAUCCAUAUCCAAGUGCUGUGAAGGAGAUACAAGCUGAGGAAAAGAAAUAUGUUCAUGACCGUUUUUUCAAUCCAAGAAUCUUGGAGAUUGUUGACAAGCUUAAGGAACAGCAGGCGGCUGACAUGCUGGAUAGAGGCAGGCCAGCUGGCACCUAUUAAUAAUUACUCCAUGCUUUUAAAAAAAAAAAAUAAACUUGUUUUAUGCAUAAUUGAGGUGUAAUAAAACACUAUAAUUGGUUCAUGUUGUUCCAAAGGACUUAGGAGCUCUUUCUUUUUGACUUGAUCUGGAUAGAAUGACUUAUAUGCCCUCAAUUUGUUUGUUGGAAUGUAAGAGUCAAAUGGUCAUUUAGUUUCA